AUGAAACUUUUUUGUUAUUUUAAAAGACUAUUCUUAAUAAAUUUAUAUUUUAUAAAAAUGGAAAAACCAUCAAAGUAUUUUACCAAAAAUAAAAUAAAAAAGAUACAAGUAAAAUAUGAAGAGAUUCCAAUCAAUACAAUUAGUAAUGUUAAAAAAUUGCAAAUAGAAAAAAAUAAUAUGGAUAAUUGUAAGGUUAAUAAUAACAUAAAGGAAUCAUACACUAAAGAAGAUAAUUUUUUAAUGAAGAAAAUAGAAUUAAGUAAAAAUAAUGAAUUAAUUCAAGUUAACAAUUUAAAACAUUCUGAACAAGUACGACCAAAAAAAUCUCUGAGUAAAAUUAGAGUGAAAAAGGAAUAUAAUGUAAAAAGAAAAACUUCUAAAAAUGAAAUUAACAAUGAAAAAAAUAUGUUAAUUGAAAAUGUUAAAAAAGAAUACAAUAUAAAUAACACCGAUAUAAAUUUAAAAAAAGAGCAUUUUUUAUUAACAUAUAAUAAAAUAAAAGAAAUGAGAAAAAAUAUAAUUGCACCUGUAGAUAAAUAUGGAUGUAAUAAGUUAAGCGAAAAAACUGAUGAUUUAAAAGUUUAUCGUUUUCAAACAUUGAUUUCUUGUUUAUUAUCAUCAAGAACAAAAGAUGAAGUAACUGCAAUGGUAAUGAAUAAAUUAAAAAGUCAUGGAUUAACAGUAGAAAAUAUUUUAAAUACGUCAGAAGAAAAAUUAAAAAAAUUAAUAUAUGGUAUUGGUUUUUAUAAUGUAAAAGCAAAACAAAUUAUUAAUAUUUGUCAUAUUUUAAAAAAUAAAUAUAAUUCAGACAUUCCUGAUAAUUAUGAAGAACUAAAAAAAUUGCCAGGGAUAGGGGAAAAAAUUGCACAACUUAUUUUGCAAACAGCCUUAAAUAAAAAUGAAGGAAUAGCUGUUGAUAUACAUGUUCAUAGAAUAGCUAAUAGAUUAAAUUGGGUUAAAACAAAAAAUGAAUUACACACACAAAUACAAUUAAAAAAUUAUGUUGAAAAAGACAUAUGGUCAGAAAUAAAUAUCUUAUUAGUUGGUUUUGGGCAAGUGAUUUGUAAAGGGAAAAAACCAAUUUGUGAAAGAUGUACACUUACUGAUUAUUGCCAAUAUUAUAAGGAGAACUUGAUUAAAAAGAAAAUAGAAAUAUAA